AUGGCAGGUUCACAGAACCAGAAAUUCUGUUUGCAGGAAGUGCUCGACAGUUUUAAAUUGUGUCUGUCGCCAGAUAAAGAUGUCUGCCUUGAACACUACGUGGCUGGAUGGCGCUCUCUCAUCAAGUUCCUGAACAGCCUGGGGACCGUCUUUGGCUUCAUUUCUAAGGAUGCUGUGAGUAAGGUCCAGAUACUGACGAGCUUUCUGAAUGGUGAAAACGGCUCUCAGUAUGUCACUGUUCAGUCCAUGGUCCAGUACGAGCUGCAGAACCAGCUGGUGGAUGUGAACAAGACCGGCAUCCACCCAGAGUCUGGCUGCCGCACUCUGCUCAGACUCCACCGUGCCCUCCGGUGGCUGGAGCUCUUCCUGGAGCGCCUCCGGACCUGCAGCAACGACAGCAAGACAUCCGUCAUGUGCUCAGAGGCCUACAACGAGUCCCUGGCCCAGCACCACCCGUGGGUGGUGCGCAAGGUAACGGGCGUGGCUUUUCUGGUCCUGCCAAGUCGUGCCACUUUCUUUGAGAUUAUGAACGUCGGCCCCCCCGAGCAGGUGGUAUCUGUGCUGGGGGAGGCUUUGCCUCUUAUCUCUGAGGUAUACCAGCUCACUGAAGAACUUUACGCUAAACACAACCUGCUGGACCUGCCCUAG